AUGGUAUCACUUGCUCUGCUGAGGUGGAGGGGACAGGAGCGCUUGAUGCUGCUGCAGGGCUCUGCUGAGGUGCACUGCCUCUUGCAUGUCUUCCCUCAGCCCGUCGAGGCCGUGGAGGGAGGAUCAGCGACUCUUCAGUGUCGUCUGGACCCCCCCAUCGACCUGUCCUUUUACACAGUGGAUUGGAAUAGAGGGCUCACCCGCCAAGUUCAUGUUUAUCGAAGUCGGCGCGACGACCCUGAUUCCCAGAUGCUUGAGUACAGAGACAGAACCACUCUGAAUCAUGGAGACCUGACCAGAGGAGUCCUGACUCUGACCAUCUCCAACGUAUCUCUGUCUAACAAUGGACCUUAUGAAGUCUACCUCCCACAGCUGGGGGUCAGAUGUUCGACUCACCUCACCGUCGUAACAAAGGAGCAAGAGAACCAGACCAAGAGGAACGACUCCAGCACAACCUCACCUCCAGCUGGAGAGAGAAAUGAUGCUUCAAACAGAGAGGCUGGUCGUGCUGCUAUCAUUCUCACAGUUCUCCUGAUUCUCUGCGUUCUCGUUGUUCUGCUGGUUCUGAAGAGAGGGAAGAUCCAGGGAUGGAUGGAGACGCUCAGAGGAGGGAAGGACAGACAAACAGACGGUGGGGAAUGAAUGCGAAAAUAAAAAUCUGAACACGGACGCAGAAACUGGAGACCUGUAGAGAAACGGGUCAGAAACCUCUGUCUGAUAGUUACCCGCUGCUAAAUGUUCCAUUUUCCUGCUGAAAAACUAACCAGAUAGAUAUUAUAUCCUCUCUGCUGGCAGAGGUACAAAUAUACAGGAUUAAAAACAAUGGGACCAAUAAAAGGGUCAUUCCAGAAAUGCAGGACAUUUUCGGUCCCACAUUACCUUUAGUCAAAUGUAAUGUUUACGUGUAAUUUAGCAUAAUCUAUCUGCUUUAAAUGCAUUUUAUUUUCCCAGAUUAUGAAUUGCCUUUUUUUCUUGCCACCAGGGAGCCUAAGCAUGUUCAGUUUGCAACAACUAACAAUAUAUCUGAACAGUUACCUCAAAAUGAACAAAACGUUUAAGUUAUAUUUAGAUCAAGAGUUUAAUAGACAUUUAAAAAUUGAUUUCAAAGUUCUAGCGCACCACUGAGCGCUGAUUAAAAGGAACAAAUAACACAUCCAAUAAGAAGUGAACCUUGAUGCCUGAGCUGCCAGAAGUGAAAAUAAAUUGAUGAGUAACUUCCUGACAAUCUG